CCCCGACUCCCUCGCAUUCUCUCUCUGCUCUCUCCGACUCCCUCACAGCCUCUCUCCAACUCCCUCACUACCAGACGCCAGUCCACCUCCGUCAAGACUGUCCAGCCGUCUUCCGCUCAGGCGCCGCCAGCGCAGGCCUGUAGGCUGCAGCACUCCGCCAGUCCUCCUCUGCGACUCCGCCUAGCGCCUCAAGCGCGGCAGCCGGCAGGCGCCCCUCAGGCCUCAAUCCGGCUUCCGGCUCUCUCUCUCGCGGUGACGCUGGCCUCGUCUUAGGCGAGGCUCUGUCGAAUUCCCAAUAUCAACAUUUUCUCGCCGCCCCUAGCCCUAGUUAAUGUUAUAUUUGAAAAGCCUUGAGUGGUGCGUUGUUUGUUGAUAAUACUAAUUUGAGAUGGCAUUCAGAGGACGGGGACGGGGACGAGGACCAGGACGUGGUGGUGGUUUUGGGUCUGGGCAUUGUAGACAAGAGGAAUUUGUCCUUUUCCCUUUGCAGGAUGUUGAAUUACCUGACAUCAACAGUGUGGUGAAAGAUAGGGCAUUAGUUGCAUGGAAUUGUAGGUUGGAAAGUUUUUGGCAGUCCUCUCCUUACCAUCUUAAAGUGACAGUCUCAAAAGAAAUCCAGGAGACAGACAUAGAAAGGUUCUCAGACAGGGGCAAGCAAAAGAGCACAAAGAACUCUGGUUCUAUUGCGGAAUAUAUGAAGUUCAAUAAGAAUAACUUCCCUUUAGAACUUUUUUAUGGGAGAUCGCAGCUAAAAAAGCCAAAGAAAGUGAGGUGGAAUCCAGAUUCAGACUUGCAGAAGUUAGAUUUCUUGGAGAAUCUGGAACAAAAGCAUCAGGGCCAGGAGGGCACGGGCGGAAAGGAAAAGAAUGAAGACAAUAAUGAGGAUGAAGAUGAAGAUGCAGUGGCAGAGGACGAGGAGUUCAGUGAUGAUGGCGAUUAUAAUCAGAACAUCGAUUUUGAUGAUGAUGAAGAUGAUUAUAACAUGGCAGAUGACAAUGAUGGUAUGCACCUUCUCUCUGGAACUUGCUAUUUGCAUACGGGUUAUAUUUUUCUUUGGACUAUAAGAAAUUUUGUAUUUACGAGAUAUUAUUAUUAUUAUUAUUAUUAUUAUUAUUAUUAUUUUGCGGCACAAUGCCUAAACUUUCAUUCUGUCCACUAGCUAUUGUUUCUGGCCUCUAUUAUUGCAGAUGAAGGAAUCUAUUAAUUGCUGCGGAGAGCCAAGUUUUUCAGUUCUUUCCCAAUCUGCUUUGUGGCAGGAAUGGGAGUGCCCUUCCUUUUUGUAUGUGGAUGACCUUGGCAAUGGUGUAGAUUGUAAAUGGAGUGCCGUAUCUUAUUUUUUAGCUUUUUUUUUUUUUUUUCAAUUUUCUAAGAAGAAUUUAAGGCUCACAUGACUCAAGAAAGUUAAUAAAGUUAUUGUUAGGCUAAUUGGAUCA